AUGAUGUAUGAUGACGAGGAAAUGGAAUGGUCAACGAGGAGCAACAUUGAAAACAUGAGAGGUGCUUUUAUGCAACCGCCGUCUAACUCGCUCCAAAGCUUCAACUAUGAUCUAUAUAAUGCAGGAAAUUCGUAUGCCGCUACACAAACCGGACCGGUUAUAUCUAUACCGGAAUCAGAAAACAUCAUCGAUGCGUACCAAUGUCCGAGUAACAACAAUGAGAUGAUAAAGAAGAAGCAAAGACUAACGAAUGAACAAUUAGCUUCACUUGAACAAACGGUUUGGUUCCAGAACCGCCGUGCUCGGUGGAAGGUGAAGCAACUCGAGGAGUCUUACGACUUGCUAAGGCAAGAUUACGACAUCGUUUCAAGAGAGAAUCAAUUCCUACACAAUGAGGUGUAUAAGCUGAGAGCUAUAAUACUAAAAGACCAUUUGAUGAAUAGGCAAUCAAAUCUCAAUCAAAUCGCUGGAGGAAGUCAAGUUUACGGCAAUAAUCCGAUGCUCACUACUUCUACUUGCUGUCCCCCGAUAUCGCAGCAGCCUUACCACCCAUGGUAG